CCGCUGUCAGAUGAGUUGGGUCGCUCUCUCAUCUCAUCUAUCCAAAUCCAAUCUCUCGGUCUUGCUUUCUUUCUUGCCAUCCGCAGGCAGGUAUGUUGUGCUUAUGUGCGGGCUGCUUUACUACUACUUCAUGUUUCUUGCCGACUACUUUUGCUUAAUUGACGAGUCUUUCUUUCAUUGAUCCAGCACCGCAGGUUAAGGGAGAAUUUGUCAAGUAUAAUGACGUUGAACAAGGACUGGCUGUUGUAUUUGAACAUGAGCAAAAAUCUUUACGUUCUUGAUGUUAGUAAAUGGUUGGAUUGGUACUCUAAUGAGGACGUUAAGAAGUCGCAUACUAGGCCUGAGUUUAAACUUGCCUACAGUCGUAAAUUUGUUGUUCGGUUUGAAGAAUUUCGUUACAUGAUUGCGAAUUCAGAGCCGUACGUGGUUGGGGGUCAGUAUUUACCCAAUUAUUUAGUUAAAGAAAGGGCCAACCUUGCUGUUGAUGUACCCUUGAUUGUGAGAGUGCGUCCUCCUAAACUCCCCCACUUGUCUGCUCCCAAGCUUGACCCUUGUGUCGUCACUAUAGACGGUAAAAUCUACGUCCUUUCCACACGCAUCUAUGAUGGGUGCAUCAAGGACAAAAAACCUCCACUCCUUUUUGAGGCCUUAUAUCCAGGAUCUCAUGAUUGGAAAGUCCUCCCAAAUCCCCCAUUCAUCAUUGGUCGUACGCUCAACUCCUCUUGUCCUUUUAUCAGUCACUACGGCGCUUGGGGCCAGAAGCUCAUUGUUAAGGAUCCCGUUACGGGCAAAAACUACAUCUUCAACACCGAUGAAGAGAAAUGGGAAGAAGCAUUGGACAUCCAGGACGCUACCGUCCCUUGUUCAGCACAGUUCAAGCAGUUUCUAGUUUCUGUCGAAGAUGGGCACGUGUAUGCGUACCGAUUUGAUGAGGCCAAUGGAAACCCCCGACGUGUUGCAGAGCUGGUUCAGCUUGAGAAGAUCAUUUUCCGUUACCCAAGCACUUACCCUCCCUCCAUUACCAAUUUUGGUGAUGACGGUCUUAUGUCCAUAGUGUGUUCUGGCAUUUUUAAGGAGCGGCGGCAUCACAAGCUCUCCUGGGCACGUGUAGUGGUGUUCCAACUGUGCAUCGAAGGUCUUCCUCCCAAUCAAUCCAUCUGUGUUGAUAUCAAAGCAAAAGGAACAUUCUAUAUCGAUUCGGAACCAAGUCCAAGCUUCAUCCAGAACCAUUGCCGAGCCUACUCCAAUGAUGAUCCAGACAUCUUACAGCUACUUACCACACGUGAUGAUUGGAACAAGUAUGAAGAUUGGGGUGAUGUAAGUUGCAGGAAGAAAGAUAUUCUUCCACCGUGGGAUAGAUUUCCGCUCUUUGGGGAAGGAACAGAAGGAACAGAAGCAACAGAAGCAACAUAUGGUCGUCGCAAGAAGAAGAGGCGGCCACUUCUGAGAAUGAUGAAACUACAACCUAUGUACAAGAAGAUCCGUGUGAAACGGAUCUUUAUCUCCGAUGAAGAUGACGUCUCGUGGCCCUAAGCAAGCGAUGGGAGAGCAGCUUGGCGAAUAUAAGGCAACCUGAGCCUGGCCGAGUUGGGCUGCAGUUGGUGGGUGCGAGUUGACAGUCUUCUCAAUCAAAAGUUUCCUAAUCCGCUUAUCAAGUUGCAUCCUCGAACCUUCCCACUGAAUUGUGACCAACACACAUUCAUGGUGUUUUUUUUAUAAAAAAAUUUACUAUAUUAAUCGCUUAGGGCAUGGAGUCUAGUUGAUGAAUUGUGUAUCUGUUUGGACCCGAUUUUACAAAAUCAGUUCGGCGUUGGAUGGAUAAAAUAUUUGGAUCGUUCCUAGGAUAAAGAUGUUUUUAUUUCUACGAUAAUUAUUUUGAUUAACGAUAUCUAGAUAUUAUCAAUCAGAAUAGUUAUCUUGGAAUUUAAGUACAUCAACAAAUAGAUUUUUAUCCAACAAAAUUGUAGUUGGAUUCCAUCUUGUCAUAUGGCCUCCAUGCAUGGUUGCGGCUGGAUAUAUCAGCAUGGGGUUUGAUUAGAGUUGUUGGAUGCAUGGUCUUUAUGCAGGCAUAGGUGACUUGCAGGUGGGAUAAGUUCUAGUAGUAAAUUGGAUAGGUGUCUGCAACGUGUAGGGCGUAUAGGCAUUGAGAAAAACAAGGUGACUGUUUUGGAUGUGAGAAGAGCCGUGUGUGACUAUCCAACAAAUUCAGUGAUGGGAGAAAGUUAAGUCAAAGUGGGAAUAAAAUAGGAUUAGCAUGCAGAGUCCUUAUGUGGUGAUCGUUUUAUUUCUCAGAAUAUUCCAUUACAAGUCUUUUAGGUGCAAUUGAAAUCCUCUGCUUAUCAUUCGGGCCGUGGCAAGUUAACUCGUCCCUAUAAAUACAA